AUGUAAAUUAUUAAACCAACCAUAAUAAAAUCAAAUUGCCAUAAAAUUCAUCUCAACUUAGGUUUAGAAUAAUACUUAUUUUCAAAAUCCUUCAUUUAAUCUCCUAUACUAUACUUAUGGUAAAACGAUAAGACUAUAGUAAUUGGCAGACAUUAAAAUCCUUGGAAAGAAUGUAAUUUAUAAUUAAUGUAACAAAACUCUGUCUGGUUAUAAAGAAGAUCAAGUGGAGGUGGGGCUGUAUAUUAAGAUUUAGGAAAUCAUUGUUUUACAUUUUUGAAUGCAUUUACUUCUUAAGAUCCAAAAACCAUUAAUAAUGAUAUACUAAUAAAUGCUUUGUAUAAUUUAGGUGUAGAAGCUUAGGCAUCUGGUAGAAAUGAUAUUGUGGUUGGAGAUAAGAAAGUUUCAGGAUCUGCAUAUCAAUUAUCUUUAGGAACUAAAAUCAAUCCUAAUAAAAUUGCAUUGCAUCAUGGAACAAUGUUAAUAGAUGUUGAUUAAAAUGCAUUAUCUCAAUAUUUAACACCAUCUAAGAAGAAAUUGGAGAGCAAAGGCAUUGAUUCUGUUAAAUCUAGAGUUACUAAUCUUAAAGAAUUAAACAAUAGUAUUACAGUUAGAUAAUAUGAGGAUGAACUAAUAAAAGAAUUUAUUAAGAAAUACAAUGAUGUAGAAUUUAAAGAAUUUAAUUAAGAUUAAUUAUUGAGAAUUGAAGAUAUAAAGAUAGAAUCAGAAAGAUUAUCAUCUUGGGAAUGGUUAUAUCAAUAUACUCCUUAAUUCACAGUUAAUUUAGAAGAGAAACUUAAAUUUGGAAUGUUUGAUGUUUAUUUUUAAGUAGAAUAGAACAUUAUACAAAAUGGUAGAAUCUUUACUGAUUGUCUUUAUCCAGAUUAUAUUACUUAAUUGAAUUAAGUAAUAAUUAACAAAAAGUAUGAUUUUGAUGGAAUAAAAGAAAUCUUUAAUGAGAUGAAGUUGCUUUUCCCAUAAUAAAUUGAACUAUCAACUGAAUUAGAAUAAUGGUUAUUGAAAGCAAUAUGA